AACUCAAUAACUCAAUAAUAACUCAAUAAAUAAGGAUAAACAUUAAUAAUAGUCAGAAGGCUGAUUUUAUUGAUUUGAUGGCAGUUUGUUCAUUUACAGAUUCUGGUUGUAUAUUUGUGAUGUUUGUUUGGUUUUUAAUUACUUUUAAUGAAAUGUUAAAUAAAAUGUUUUCCUUCAGUGCAGGUCAGUGUUGGUCUGAGAGGUCAAAGGUCAGCGGGUCCAGGCUUUAACAUGGUCAGACAGCAGCGGAGAGCAGACAGGUGUUUUGUACCUGCUGCAGUGAACAGUGUGACGCGGGUUCGAUUCCCCGUCGGCCCCGUACAGCGGAGGCAGCCUCUCACUCAGGUCAGGCCGUGCUGCAGCUCCGCCACCACAGAAGAAGAGGGAGGAGACCCGGGCCCUGACGGAGGUUCAGGAGAGACGAAGAGGGCGAGGAUGGACGGAACUCAGGACGCUGCAGCUCCGACCAAUAGGGAGAGAGUCCCGGGGUCAGGUGGUCAACCAGCAG